UGUCCCCGGUGCCGGGGCCGCCAUGCCGCUGCCAUUGCUCCUCCUGCGGGCGGCCGGUGUCCGGUGCGGGCUCCGUUCGGUCCCCGCUGCGCUCCGGCCGCCCCCAGCCCCGGGGAGAAGUUUCAGGUAUGGGGGGGGGCAUCCGUGGCUGGCCAGGGCCCCCCCACCGUGCCCCAGGCCCCCACUACCAGCCCGCUGCUGCCUGCUCCUGGUGGGCCCAGCUGUGGGCUGUGCGGCACUGGGCUUGCUGGGCACAGCUGCACGCUGCCAGGAGGAUACUGCCACCAUCUCUGCUGUGCCCCCUGAGCCCCCUGAGAUUGCACAGCCCCGGCAGGAACCCGCCUUCGACUGGCCAAGGUUCUGGACCUUCCUGCGCCCGCAGCUGCUGGCACUGUCGGCUGCCGUCAUGCUGGCACUGGGUGCUGCCCUGCUCAACGUCCGCAUCCCGGUGCUGCUGGGCCAGCUGGUGAAUGUUGUUGCCCGCUGUGCCCGCAGCCAGGUCAGUGGCUACUUGCGGGAGGUACAGCAGCCAGCCCUGCGCCUGCUUGCCGUCUACUGCCUGCAGGGGCUGCUGACCUUCGGGUACCUGGCACUGCUGUCACGUGUUGGGGAGCAGGUGGCUGGAAGCAUGCGCAAGGAGCUCUUCACAUCCCUGCUCCGCCAGGAUGUGGUGUUUUUUGAUGCCAACCGCACAGGGCAGCUGGUGAGCCGGCUGACAGCCGACAUCCAGGAGUUCAAGUCCUCCUUUAAGCUGGCAAUCUCCCAGGGCCUGCGCAGUGGCACGCAGACAGCUGGCUGCUUCGUCUCGCUCUACCUGCUUUCACCCAAGCUCACAACGUUGCUGCUCGUGGCACUGCCUGUGCUGGUGGGCACUGGGGCACUCAUUGGGGCUGCCCUCCGCAGCCUCUCUCGACAGGCACAGGAGCAGGUGGCCAAAGCCACUGGUGUGGCUGACGAGGUGCUGGGCAACGUCCGGACAGUGCGUGCCUUUGCCAUGGAGGAGCAGCAGGCAGGGCUGUACUGCACCGAGGUGGAGAGUGCCAGCCAGCUGAGCCAGCGCCUGGGGCUGGGCAUCGCGGCCUUCCAGGGGCUCUCCAACCUGGCUCUCAAUGGCAUCGUCCUGGGCACCAUCUUCGUUGGUGGCUCCUUGAUGGCCGGGGAUGAGCUGUCUCCAGGUGACCUCAUGUCCUUCCUGGUGGCCUCGCAGACAGUGCAAAGGUCCUUGGCCAACAUCUCCAUCCUGCUGGGGCAGGUGGUGCGAGGUCUGAGUGCUGGUGCCCGUGUCUUCGAGCUGCUGGCACUGGAGCCCAACGUGGGGCUGCGGGGAGGGGACACAAUCCCCUCCCACUCUCUGCUUGGACGUAUCCGGUUCCACCGUGUCUGCUUCAGCUACCCCACACGCCCUGGCUACCCUGUCCUGCAGGACUUCAGCCUCACACUGCCCCCUUGCCACACCGUGGCCAUUGUGGGGCCCUCUGGAGGAGGGAAGUCGACAGUGGCAGCACUUCUGGAGCGAUUCUAUGAGCCCACCCAGGGCACCAUCACCCUGGAUGGGCAUGACAUUGCCACCCUGGACCCUUCCUGGCUGCGGGGCCAUGUCAUCGGCUUCAUCAGCCAGGAGCCAGUGCUGUUUGGCACAACCAUCCUGGAGAACAUCCGCUUUGGCAAGCCAGGAGCCUCCGACGCUGAGGUCUACGCUGCAGCCCAGCUCGCCAACGCCGAUGGCUUCAUCCGCAGCUUCCCUGAUGGCUACCAAACCGUGGUGGGCGAACGUGGCAUGGCUCUCUCGGGGGGGCAGAAGCAGCGCAUUGCCAUCGCCCGGGCACUGCUGAAGGACCCUCCGGUGCUGAUCCUGGACGAGGCCACCAGUGCUCUUGAUGCCCAGUCAGAGCAGGUGGUGCAGGAGGCCCUGGACCGCGCCGCUGCCGGCCGCACCGUGCUGCUCAUCGCACACCGCCUCAGCACCAUCCGCGGCGCAGACCUCAUUGUGGUGCUGGCACAGGGACGGGUGGCUGAGGCUGGGACCCAUGAGGAGCUGCUGCGCCGAGGGGGUCUCUACGCUGAGCUCAUCCGGCGCCAGACCAAGGAUGGGUCCUGAGUGUGGCAGAGGGGGGGACACUCUUGCCCCAGGGUGCCCUCCUGCUGCUCCCCCAAUAAACCAGGGCUGGAAGGUGA